CCCGGUCGACCUCCUUAAAUCCCCUCAAGUCUCCGGCGGCUCUGGCCAUUUCACCUCCACCGGCGAACCCCAGCGAGAGCGAGCAGCGGCGCCCGAAGACACCCGAAGAUGACCGAGCAAGCCAUCUCCUUCGCCAAGGACUUCCUGGCUGGUGGGAUCGCCGCUGCUAUUUCAAAAACAGCUGUGGCCCCCAUCGAGAGAGUCAAACUUCUCCUCCAGGUUCAACAUGCCAGCAAACAGAUCUCAGUUGACAAGCAAUACAAGGGCAUCGUCGACUGUGUUGUCCGUAUCCCCAAAGAGCAGGGCUUUAUUUCAUUCUGGAGAGGAAACCUGGCCAAUGUCAUCAGAUACUUCCCCACGCAGGCCCUCAACUUUGCUUUUAAGGACAAGUACAAGAAGAUUUUCCUGGAUGGAGUGGACAAGCGCACACAGUUCUGGAGAUACUUUGCAGGUAACCUGGCAUCCGGAGGCGCCGCAGGGGCCACCUCGCUGUGUUUUGUCUACCCCCUCGACUUUGCCAGAACGCGACUUGCCGCUGAUGUUGGUAAAACGGGACAGGGGCGUGAGUUCAAGGGCCUGGGAGACUGCUUGGCGAAGAUCUUCAAGUCUGAUGGCCUUAAAGGUCUGUACCAGGGCUUCAAUGUGUCAGUGCAGGGCAUUAUCAUCUACAGAGCUGCAUACUUUGGCGUCUACGACACAGCAAAGGGGAUGCUGCCAGACCCCAAGAACACACACAUUUUUGUUAGCUGGAUGAUCGCUCAGUCUGUCACGGCUGUUGCUGGGCUUGUGUCUUACCCCUUUGACACCGUUCGGCGUCGUAUGAUGAUGCAGUCUGGACGCAAAGGAGCUGACAUCAUGUACACUGGCACUAUUAACUGCUGGAGGAAGAUUGCACGCGAUGAAGGACCCAAGGCCUUCUUCAAAGGAGCAUUGUCUAAUGUGCUCAGAGGCAUGGGCGGUGCCUUUGUGCUCGUUUUGUACGACGAGCUGAAGAAAGUCAUCUAAGUUGACCUUGUGUUUUCACUCUACAUGUUAAAAAGUUUAACUGUAACAUAUCUUGUACAUUUGGAAGGACUUAAAUGCAGAUAAAUAUAUUUAUAGGGACCAACUAGUAUUUUUUACUAGUUGUACCGGGGGGAAUCUGUUAUGCACUC